ACUCCUCUAGCGCCACCAUGAGGUUGAUAUUUUUGUUUUUUAUUGAAAUGUUGCAUCAAAGAAUUUUGGUACAGACUUUCAUGAUCCCUAAAGGAUGAACUGUAAUAACUGUGAUCCUCUGACCUUUAAUAACACUGUUAUCACUUCUGAAGACUUGAUGUCCUCAGAGUCCAGUGGUGAUACGGUCGAAGUCACCGAACUCAAGCAGCCUCGAAGAGACUCUUUCCUGCAGUUGGUUUCUCUCCAGAAGGCAUCUGGCUGCUGGCUGCUUGAACCACAUCUGGCAGCUGUACUUGGAAAGACCAGCGAGGAGGUGGAAAGCCCCAAACCUGCAGCGGUGAAAGAGGAAGUGUGGGCCACCAUUCUGGCUCUGAUCUGGCUUCAUGGUUUGAAGUUGGAUGUUCAGGAUGAGUGGCAGCUUCUGGCUAUGAAGGCUGCGUCAUGGAUCCGUGCUCAGAAAGCACCAUGUGUGACAGAGUGUGUGGAAGCUGGAAAUGCACUGUUGGGAUGUGAGGUGCAGAAAGAUUCCCUGGGGAUUUAAAGAUUUAUUUAUUCUGGCUUCUCCUUCAAGACUGGAAGAGAGGAACAGAUUUACUCCAUCCUGUAUUUACUUCAUCAACAUUGAAUGUCUACUAUGGCUGCUACUUUGUGGCUAUCUGUCGUUAUGAUAUUUUGUGCCUUAAUAUAUUUGCACUGUGCUUCAUCCAUGCAGGAUCAGCCAUCUAACAAGACAGUCCCA